AAGAAGAAACGACUGUUUUGGAAACCAGUCGGCAACAGACUAGUUCACUCGCUUGGCUGGGAAUUACACAUUUAAUCCUGCAAGGCGUGCUGAAUUCCUCGGAAUUAAUCUACGCAAACGUCUCAGGCAAAUGGGUAAACAGCCAAUGAAGAGAAAGCACUAUGAGACGUUGACCUCAAGUGAAGACGAUGAGAAGGCAUCCAAGGAACAAGAUGCUACCAAAACCUGCCGAAGUGCCAAAAGGAAGCAAGACGUAAACAGUCAGGAAAGCUGUGCAGAUAAAUGGGACGAUUGGGCUUCUAAAGAUGAAGCAAAAAGACAAGCAACAGACCAUGAAACAAACAAAAAAAGUGUCUCUGUGCCAUUCCAUGGGGGAAACUGCUCUAGUAAAAGAAAACAUGAUAUUUCAGGGAAAUAUUACACUAGCAGAGGGAGUAAAAGUGUGGAAAGGGGAUUCUCACACAUCAACACUGCAGUUACAGUUCCUCAGAGAAAAGAGGAGAUGUCUAAAGACAGUAGAUAUGAAAAGUCUUCCCAGAGGAGCUCAUACACAUUAAAAAAGCAGCUAAUGAGUCCCAGUCUGGUUUCUGAUGAGCAGAAAGCACAAGCGCAGUAUGUGCUGAACAGAAGGUGCAGCGCUGAGAAGCCACAAAGGACUGGAAAAGACAGCAGCACUAUCAAGACCAGGGAACCAAGCAAGACCUCCUGCAUCAGCAAGGAUUCUGUAUGUCAGAAGAAAAGGGAGGUGGCCAAGCAGAAGUGCCAGCAGCAUCAAGAAAACAAGUUUAAGGCUACAAGGACACUAUCUACAGAAGCAAAAACCCCGUAUUCAUCUAACAGAAAACAGUCUUCCUCUUCAGGCAAGCACAGAACCUCAGUCAGUGGCUCACAUGCAGCGAAGAAUAUCACAUCAGUCCCAGAGGAUGUCAAAUUAGUGUCACAUAAGACAGCAAAGCCAUCGUCUGCUCACCAAAAAAUAUGUUCAGUCGCAUCACCCCUGCCUUCUGAUUUUAGGAUACCUAAAAUUGUUCAGCCAAGGCCAGUAGAUUGCACUGGUGAGGCUAAUGACGGUAUUACUACAACUAGAAAUGUCCAACAUGAGACUGAACUUUCUAAAUCUGGGCCCACAGUCAGCAGCUCCAAGCAGGGAGCUGUCCAACAAGCUCACAGCUGUUUGGAUGUUGCUCGUAGUUUUUCAUGUGAAGGACAAGACGAGAGGUCGCCUUCGUCAGGCCGCCUCCCAGCUACGCUUAAUGCAGUCACUGAGCCGUGGUAUGACCAGAUGCAAGUGGUUGAAGAGCUUCAUCUUGCCCGCUCCGAAAGGAGACUGGAGGUGAAUGUAAUGCAGAGCUAUGGGGAGCUCACCUGUAUGGACAUAGUCCCUCCAGAAGAGGGAGCUACAGACACACACCGCAAACAACCUGCUCACAAUGGCCUAAUCCUUGUUUUGGACACCAACAUUCUCCUCAGCCACCUGGAUUAUGUGAAAAAGAUUGCAUCACCCGACCUUGAAGCCCAAGGCUUCCCUGUAGUCCUGAUCCCCUGGGUGGUGCUUCAGGAGAUGGAUUACCUAAAGAAGGGGAAAAACCUGUCAGGUUCUGUGGCACACCUUGCCACUCAUGCCAUCUCAUACAUUUACAACUCUUUGAAGAGCCGGCAACCUCACCUCUGGGGGCAGUCAAUGCAGCAGGCCGCCAAGAGCAGCAAUGGUCUGAAUGCUGAGAAUAAUGAUGACAGAGUGCUGCAGUGCUGUCUGCAAUACCAGAGUCUGUACCCAGAGUGUGCUGUCAUCCUGUGCACUAAUGAUAAGAACCUAUGCAGUAAGGCCCUCCUGAGUGGAGUGAGUGCCUUCAGCAAGAAUGACUUGGAAGCACAGUUUGGGAUAUGCAGACAUGGCUUUCAAAACAUUAAGCCUCACAACACCCCUCAGAUCUCAUCACCAAUGCUGAGCAUUAACUAUACAUCAGUCCAGCCACACAGGCAAGAGAGAGCAGGCCUUUCUCCAGGACUCAGAGAGAAAGAUGACAAGCUGCUGAGCAAAAGUGAGCAUGAAGAGAAGAAGAGAUGGCUUAGUGGAUGCAUUUCUGAGCUACAAGACUGCCUGCAAGAGGUGCUGUCGGAUGUGUUGGAGGUGGAGAUGAAGGCCGCUUACGAAGACCUCUGGCUAGAGAUAGUUUAUCUAAAACCACCCUGGACUCUUCAUGAUGUCCUGCUCUGUUUGAAAAAGCACUGGAUUGCUGUCUUUGGGCAAAUUGUCCCACGCAAGAAGCUGCAGACUGUUGUAAAUCUAAUCAAAUUCUUCGACUCAGGUAACACUGUGGAUAGUAGCGCUAUCGAAGAAGCCCUCCACGAAGCCAAAGAGCUUGUGAAAGCAUUUGGGAAAAGUUCAAGCCGCGUCCCCAGUGCCCUCGCCCUAAUGGACAGCAUUUUCAAUAAGGAACAACCGCAGGGGGAAUCUCCAGCCUGUGAUGUCGUUAUGAGUGAAGAUGAUGAUGAAGACAAACAGCCCAUGUCUGCUCAGGUCUCUCACCAGGAAGUGUGGGCCCUGUUUGAGAAGGUGUGCUCUGAUGUGGUUCAUAUAAGCGGGGAAGUGUUCAGAGCACUGGGCUUUGACCUUGUCACCAGGCAGAGCGCUCAGCCAGUGGGGGGUCCUCCGCCACCGCAGGACGCCUUGGUCUAUUUGCACAAUCUGUCCUCCAUGGUCUCACAGCUGCUCCAAGCCUUGAGCAGUGUUGCGUCCUCAGCCCCUGGUUUCGAGGAAGUCCGAACGCUGCUGAGCGUCUUCCACUCUAAUGCGAUCCUGAAUGUGGAUUCCAGACUGACAGCCAACAGCCUUCUUGAUUGUUUGUCGCAGCAAGACUACAGGGAGAAGCUGAGAGUUGGUUGGAGCAGCUUUGUGGACCUAAAGGGGAUGCUGGAUUGUUGUAUCGAGACCACGAAUCAACACAUCAGCUUUCCCAUGCUGUCCUGACUGGGCUGGUUGGAGUCUGCACAUCAGCCAGGCAGAUGCCCUCAAUAAUUUGAUUACUUGAACUAAAAACUCAUUCAAUGGAUGUGUGUGCGUACUGCAUCUCUGUUGGCUGGAGCAGUUUAACCUUUUUGAAUUUGUUUGCAAAUGUUCCUUGUGGCACAUUGUUGUUUUUCCCUUGAAUCUGUGUGUUCUCCAUCAUUCUGAAGUUUACAGAGCUUGUAUUUUCUGUAUCUGGCUGUUUUGCAGUGUGUAGACUUCAUCAGGUUUCAGCUCCAAUGUUCCCCAAUAUUCUUGCAGCUAUUCUCAAAUCUCCUGCCAGGUCACAGCUGAGCAGUCAUUUCUCAUUUUUGAUCCUUCACAGGGCUUUUUAUAUUUCUGUUCAGUAAGUCUAGAAACAUUUAUGUACCUAAAAUGUUGUAUUAUUUAGUGAGAUUAUAUAGUAACAUUGGUUUUCAUUAUUACUAUUCAAAAUUUUAGAUUUGCUUCUGAAAGUUUGUUACAUCAUAUACAAAUGUAUAAUUUGCAUGUGAUAUUUUUGCACCUUAUGAACAUGCAAUGAGCAACAAUCUGUAAAGAUACUCAUCUGGCCCAAUUGGGGGUUGUUUUUUAUAAAUAACUACAGUUA